GUUGUGGAGUAGAGUUGGUGCGUGAGGAGGUCGCGGGGGUUUGAGCCUUUACACCCGGGCAAAUCCGCUCUCACACGCUGGUAUAUGGGAUGGAAGCGGGGCCAGCGACAGCAGCAGCAGUUGGCCCAUACGUGCCACCUCUGCAGCAGGUGUUCCAAGCACCACGACGACCAGGGAUAGGAACGAUAGGCAAGCCAAUUAAACUUCUAGCCAACUACUUUGAAGUUGAUAUUCCGAAAAUCGAUGUUUACCAUUAUGAGGUGGAUAUAAAGCCAGAUAAAUGUCCAAGGAGAGUAAACAGGGAAGUGGUGGAGUACAUGGUUCAACACUUCAAACCUCAGAUCUUUGGAGACAGAAAGCCAGUGUAUGAUGGGAAAAAGAAUAUUUAUACAGCAACACUACUACCAAUCGGCCAGGAUCGGGUUGACUUUGAGGUGACCAUACCCGGUGAAGGAAAAGAUCGCAUUUUUAAAGUUUCAAUUAAAUGGUUAGCAGUGGUGAGUUGGAGAUUGCUGCAUGAAGCCCUCGUCAGUGGUCGAAUUCAGGUUCCUUUAGACUCUGUUCAAGCCCUGGAUGUAGCUAUGAGGCACCUGGCAUCAAUGAGGUAUACCCCUGUUGGUCGAUCUUUCUUCUCUCCACCCGAGGGUUACUACCACCCACUGGGUGGAGGUAGAGAAGUCUGGUUUGGUUUCCAUCAGUCUGUCCGACCUGCCAUGUGGAAAAUGAUGUUGAACAUUGAUGUAUCAGCAACAGCUUUCUACAAAGCUCAGCCUGUAAUUGAAUUUAUGUGUGAAGUCCUUGACAUACGGAACAUCGAUGAGCAGCCAAAGCCACUUACUGACUCUCAAAGAGUGCGUUUUACUAAAGAAAUUAAAGGUUUAAAAGUAGAGGUGACUCACUGCGGACAAAUGAAGAGGAAAUAUCGAGUAUGCAAUGUCACCCGACGGCCAGCCAGUCACCAGACAUUUCCCUUGCAACUGGAAAGUGGACAGACUGUGGAGUGCACAGUAGCGCAAUAUUUCAAACAGAAAUACAACCUUCAGCUAAAGUACCCACACUUACCCUGUUUACAAGUGGGACAGGAACAGAAGCACACCUAUCUACCACUUGAGGUAUGUAACAUUGUACCUGGGCAACGAUGCAUCAAGAAACUUACGGACAAUCAAACGUCAACAAUGAUUAAAGCAACAGCACGAUCAGCACCAGACAGGCAGGAAGAGAUCAGUCGACUGAUGAAGAAUGCCAGCUACAACCUUGAUCCCUACAUUCAGGAAUUUGGGAUAAAGGUGAAAGAUGACAUGACUGAGGUCACAGGCCGGGUUUUGCCAGCUCCGAUUUUACAGUACGGUGGCCGGAACCGAGCAAUUGCUACUCCAAAUCAGGGAGUGUGGGAUAUGCGUGGCAAACAGUUCUACAAUGGGAUCGAGAUCAAAGUCUGGGCCAUCGCCUGCUUUGCACCACAGAAGCAGUGCAGGGAGGAGGUGCUGAAGAGUUUUACUGACCAGCUGCGAAAAAUAUCUAAGGAUGCAGGAAUGCCUAUCCAGGGUCAACCAUGUUUCUGUAAAUAUGCACAAGGCGCUGAUAGUGUGGAACCGAUGUUCAGGCAUCUGAAGAACACCUAUUCAGGACUCCAGCUUGUAAUUGUUAUUCUACCUGGGAAAACCCCCGUCUAUGCUGAGGUGAAGCGAGUAGGUGAUACCCUCCUUGGGAUGGCAACGCAAUGUGUUCAGGUGAAAAAUGUUGUGAGGACGUCUCCUCAGACAUUGUCUAACCUCUGCCUAAAAAUCAAUGUGAAAUUGGGUGGAAUCAACAACAUACUGGUACCUCAUCAACGUUCAGCUGUGUUCCAGCAGCCUGUGAUCUUCUUGGGCGCAGAUGUCACACACCCACCAGCUGGUGAUGGCAAGAAACCCUCCAUAACGGCAGUAAGUUUGUACUUUAGGAUGUCAAGUUAUGUACUGUAAUAAUUGUCAGUGAAA